GUGCUGCGUACCGCUGGCAAUCGAUCGAGCGUUACAGCUGUGUAUACUCCGUCCGUUGGAUUUCUAGCGUGGAAGCUGUGCUUAACUCCCGUACUAACAAGUGCCAUUGACGUUCAAGUUCACGUUGGUAGUCGAGUUAGAUCCCCGCGUUCAGCACUCACCUUGAGAGCGAGCCGCUUAAUCGUCUCUUGUCAGAGGAUCGCGCUCCGAUUUGGUUUCAUUGCACCCUGUGUAUCUGUACCGAUUAACCGGCAACCUUGCUAAACACACCGAUUCCCUGUUAAUUAAGUAACGAUGUACCGGGAAAUCUGCUGUUUAUUGGUGGCGGCCAGCUGCGUCCUCCUCGUCGCGGCGGACCAGCCCGGCGAUGUGAACCAGCAGGCGAAGGACCGCAUCCAGAACACGGUGAGCAACAUCAACACCGCCCUGGCCAACGCCCCGCCCGGCAGCUCCGUCUCGGUGUCCUCGGCCUGCACCACCGUCAACGGCCAGCAGACCUGCGUCGACUCCAAGAACACCUCCUCCAACGGCGUGGUGGCCACCAGCGUGGUCGCCAGCGGAACCGGAACCGGAAAUGAUGCGGCCGGAACCCCCGCCCCCGCCGUGGUCGUCGCGGCCGGCACCCCCGCCCCGGCCGCCGUCGUGGAAGUGAAGACCCCCGCCCCGACCGCCGCGCCCUCCACCGCCAAGGUGCAGAUCGUCGCCGCCUCGACCCCGAGCGGAUCCGCUCCCGGCUUACUGGCCUCCUUGGGCGUCACCGUCCUGGCGGCGCUGCUGGCGCGUCUGGCUUAAACCCGUCUCCGGAAAGUGAUGAAAGAACGUGUUGGAUUUCCUCAAUGGGGUUUUGUACUGUGUAUACUCUCGGCGAUAAGGCUGGUUCUGAAUGGUGAUUGAUGCAUAUUGCAUGGCAGGUUUCUCCUCUUUCUCUCUCUUCUUCUCGGUGUAGUGUCGUUCGGUUUGUGUUUAGCUUAGAGCAAUAUAUACGCUGUCGAUGUUCUGUGUUUGCUUCUUCUCAUCUUUCCUCAUUCGCUUCGUGUUGUGUGCUCGGCCCGCAACGGCUGCGUAUGGAUGUAUGCGCUGCGUUGUGGAUGGGCAAACAGUCGCAGAGUCCCGGCUGCAACCGGGAAUAUAAUAUUAUUGUAUGU